AUGCUGCGCGUGGCUUGGGCCAGCUCCCGGCUGAAGCCCCUGACACCGAAGGCUCACUCCGAGGGCUUCAUGGAACUGAAGACGCCGAUGCAGAAUUUCCUGAGCGGCCUCUCGUGGGCCGCGGGCUUCAUGCUCUCCCUGGCGGCCAUGCAGACAGGGGCGCUUUCAGUGGUCCAGAAGUCCUGUGACUACGAGGCACAGACAGUCCGGGAGGAUAGCAGUGAAGAGGCAGUUGUGUGGCUCGUGGCGGCCUCCCCUACUGCCCUCGCGCUGGCGGCCACAGUGCGGCUCAUGCAACUCCUGGCCAAGAAGCAGCUGUGCCACGCGAGCUUAGGUUUGGGCUUCGUGGUGGUGGACCAGCCGCAGGACGCCAGCGACUUCUUCCUCGUUGCCGCCUUGUUAGCCUACUUCCUCCUCAUCGUCUGCACGGCGAGCAUCGAUAUCACUACGCUGCUGGUGGUGCUGACGGCGCUUAGCGGCUCGACGUGGACUGUCUUGAAGGCCGUGAGCUCGGCGCGCGACACAGAGAAAGGCCUCAAGUUCGUGGAGGUCAGUUGCGAUCACCUCGCCGAGACAUCUGAGAAGCCCAAGAUGGCCGCGGUUACCUGGGCCGCACUACGAGAGGCUCACGCUGGCAAGCUGGAGGACCCCGACCUCCAGGAGCUCUUCAGCUCGAGCUCCGGUCCUCCACUUUCCUCUCGAGAGCCCCCAGCCCGGUUUAGCCUGGGAUUCGGCCUGGCCCGGCAAGGGGCCGUGGUCCGAUUGCUGACGGGCUCCUACGCCGGCUUCCUCAUCUUGCCAUGCUUCGUCGCCUUACUAGCUUUGUCCUGGUGCUUGUCGGCAACGCACAUGACUCGCUAUGCCUGUUCCACGGGAGAACUCGCCGACCUCAGCCUCGUCAGCUCUAUGCACUCUCUGACCUACGUCCCAUGGCAGUUCCGCUACGAGGUCACCACGGACGUUGCCUUCCAACAGCUGGCGAUGGUGGCCUGGCCGGAGCCGACGUCCGGCUCGGCCGAUCCGCGCAAACUCCUCCCCAUCCAGGAGAACCAGAGCUCAGCUGUGGAGGAGAUCCAGCUGGUGGGCCGGCAGGUGCCGCGCGUGGCGACUGUGUGGGUCCGGGGCCUUCGUCCGUCUCGACCUGAGACCGAGUACCAGGUCCGCUUUUCGCCUGCCGAAACCAUUCCGACCGUCCUGCGGCUCCGUGCCGGGAGCUUUACCAGGGCCGUCGCUUGGUCGGCGCUAUUCGGGUCGGUCAUCAGCAUACCCGCAGGUGAAGAGGCCCUGCAGUUGGAGGUCGGCUUGGCAGACUUCACCGUGGGCCUUCCACGGGCGGCCUCAGCGCACAAACCCAAUCCCAACUCGAGUGCUGAGCUUUGGACAUCCUACGAACCCCACCGCGGUGCAACCGACACACUUUGCGCAGAGCUCUGUGCAAACAGCUUGCGUUGCUUCCACUCUUAUGCGGCAGCUGCCGGCUGCUACCUGGUUCUGGGCGACCGCGAAAGUUGGGAGGUCAGCGACCUCGAGCCAGGCACGGAGCCGGAGCGACCCUCAGGCUACGACAAGCGCUUGCUUGGCCAGUUGGAUGGCUGCAGGCUCGGCAGUGGAAAGGUGAACGAGGGCACGGUAGCAACUACGCGCUGUGGACAGGUGAAGACGGAGGGAGGGCGGCUCAGCUUCGGCGAGGUUCAACCAGACUGGGGCAACGGCGCAGCCACCCUCAGCUUCAACCUGAAUGUCCAGAUCGGUGGGCUGCACUUCGACUCCCACGUCACCCCGAUCUCCUUGCGGCAAGGGCCUCCCCAAGUCACUGACGUGCUGGCUGUCCUUCUCGGCGUGAAGGGCAAUGUCACGAGCGUCCUUAGCAGCCAGGGCACAGUGGACAGCCAAGGCAGGAUAGUCAUCAAGGUCUCCAGGUACGACCCCAGUGCCUAUGAGAGCCUCCGCCUGCUUGUGAUGCCGAUUCUCUCAGACCCAGCCUCCUGGCUUCAAUAUGGAAGGCUGGCAGGCCCAGGUGCAGCCUCCAGAGCACUUCUAGAGAACCUCGAGCGCACAGCUACACGCAGGGUGUUCGUCCAGAGCGAGAGACGUGAGGAAGUCCCGAGAGCCGAGGCGUUUCGGGCAAACUGGUUCCAGUGGAACCCCGCAGAUGAGACCGACCGGAAGCUCUUCAAGGAGCACAGCCGAUGCGCGGAAAGCGCCUUCGUGCGGUCGCGCUACGAGAUCUGCGGUGGACAAGGCGGGGUCACCCACGGGCGACUGCAAGACAGGCCCCUCGCUGUCGACAUGGAACCCUUCACAGGCAAGCUAAAGGCCGCACCAAGCUUCACAGUUGUGUCCCGCAAAGUGGGCUUCGCUCGGGACUGGGAGUGGUCCUCCGAGCAUCUGGCCUUGGAGUUCCAGGGCGCUGACAGCCCGGCAGCUUGGGCAGCUCAAAGCCACGGCUGUGCAGUUCUUAACCACAGCGAAGAGGCCGAGCAAAGCGUCUUUGGCUCGGCGGAUGCCCUGUGCCAGCUGCUGUCCGAAUGCGGAGAGCAGCUUUGCCACCAAGUCCAGUCUCAGAGUCUAGGAACGUGGCUAGGACGUCUGCAUCUGGGCCUUCGGGACUCAUCCCCGCGUGCGCUGCCUUCGGAGGGCGUGGUGCAGCUGCUUACAUGCCUGAACCAAUCAGCCCCCGAGUGCAGCCGCAGAGUCGGUGCCGACUGGGACUACAGUGGAGGUCAUGUUCACCUAGAGGGCUAUGUCUUUCGGGUUCCGAUGGGGACGUUGCUGCGGCAGGCAGACAGGCUCCAAAGAAAAGGAGGCUUGGCCUUGCUGCAUGAGAUCCGAACGGCCUUGGACCGAAAAAACGGAAACAGAGGAGGAUCUGGACGAGACUUCGGCAAAGACGCUGCCCGGGAGGUGUGGCGGGUGAAACCUUCGGCUGAGCUGCUGACCACCCUCGCGGGAUUGGACGACAACCUGCCCAAACUCCUGCUUCAAGAGCUGACGCGGAGCGUUUUGGCAGAAGUGCCACCCACCACACCCGAGCUCCAGGCUCCGCGUGCACUUUCUUUGCGCAUCAGCACUUUCCAAACAUGGGGACUCUUCUGUGCAGCCUUUGCCGACCUUACGGAGAUGCAAGUGAGCCUCCACCACGCAGCUCAACUUCACCAGGUGGCAGCCCUGGCAGAGCUGGCAACAGGGCUGGCUACGCUGGACAUUUCCUGCUUGGAGUGCAACUUUUUGCACACGGCACCAUUCCUGUCAGAUUUGCAGGGCCUCUCCGGGCACAGCAAGCUUCGUGCACUGACGCUGCGUCGCUUCCACCUCCCAAGGCUUCCUGCCAAGCUGUUCCACGGCUUCGGACAGCUGAAAAAACUGGAUUUGUCGUACAACCAGCUCCAAAGCCUGCCGGCAGAGGUUUUUCAAGGCCUCGAGCAGCUGCAAGAACUGCAGUUGAACUACAAUCAGCUCCAAAGCCUGCCGGCAGAGGUGUUUCAUGGCCUCGAGCAGCUGAAAGUACUGCAGUUGAACUCCAACCAGCUCCAAAGCCUGCCGGCAGAGGUGUUUCAUGGCCUCCAGCAGCUGCAAAAACUGGAUUUGAACGGCAACCAGCUCCAAAGCCUGCCGGCAGAGGUGUUUCACGGCCUCCAGCAGCUGAAAGUACUGCAGUUGAACUCCAACCAGAUCCAAAGCCUGCCGGCAGAGGUGUUUCAUGGCCUCGAGCGGCUGCAAGAACUGCAGUUGAACUACAAUCAGCUCCAAAGCCUGCCGGCAGAGGUGUUUCAUGGCCUCGAGCAGCUGGAAGUACUGCAGUUGAGCUACAACCAGCUCCAAAGCCUGCCGGCAGAGGUGUUUCAUGGCCUCGAGCAGCUGGAAGUACUGCAGUUGGACUACAACCAGCUCCAAAGCCUGCCGGCAGAGGUGUUUCAUGGCCUUCAGCAGCUAAAGGAGCUGUAUCUGGACAACUGUGAUCAGCUCAGCAGGUGGUUCGACCUGUAA